UCCUCAACAUUUAUCAAUAUUCAUCUCAAGGGCACUACAACAAUCAAAAAUGAAUUUAUUGUUUUUAGUCGUUCCUUCAGAGAAGCAACUGAAGGAUUUAAAAAUGUCUUGUCUAUUCUUUCUAGUGACGAUGACGAUGAACUUAAUCUUGUAUUACUAGAUCUAGAUCUGCCAUACCUGACCUUCACUCCUCACUGUCAUUUUAAUGAACUCGUUGGCCCUUGCAAUGGUUUGAUUGUUUUGACGGAUAAUAAGGUUAUCGUCUUAUUUAAUCCAGCUACUAAAAAUCAUACGUUAAUCCCAUCAAGCCCUUUUGUUUGUCGAAAGGGUUUUCAUCGGUCCUUUAGAGGUGGCAUUGGGUUUGGUUUUGAUUCGAUUGGGAAUGAUUACAAGUUUGUCAGGAUUUCAGAAGUUUUUUUGGAUACUUAUUGGGGUCCCGAGGAGAUAGAACAAAAGGUAGAGGUUUAUGAUUUGCGCAUUGAUUCUUGGAGAGAUUUGAAUCAUAUAGAUAAACAGUUGCCUACUGUGUUUAACAAUCCAUCUUUCGAGAUACUUCAUCAUGGAACAUUUCAUUGGCUUGCAGCAAUAGAUCUGAUGGACGUAAUUCUUUGCUUUGACAUUUGCACCGAGAUUUUUCACAACAUGAAUAUGCCUGAUGCUUGUAAUGACUGUGAUGAGAAGCGUUAUGGCCUCACAGUCAUGAAUGAGUUACUAACAUUGGUUUGUUAUCCCAGUUCAGAUAGCGGGAUUGAUCCGACCAAAGAUACAAUGGACAUCUGGAUAAUGAUGGAGUACGGUGUACACGAGGCUUGGACUAAAAAAUACAAGAUUGAACCUCUUCCUAUUGAAUCCCCAUUAACAAUUUGGAGGGAUCAUUUAUUGCUUCUUCAAAGCAAAAGCGGAGUUAUGGUUUCCUAUGAUCUCAAUUCCAACGAAGCCAAGGAAUCCGAAUUAUGUGCUUAUCCUAAAAGUUUGAGAGUCAUAGUUUACAAGGAAAGCUUGAUUUCAAUUCCAAAAAGAGGACCCUAG